ACAACUACAACCACAUCAACAACAUCUACUACAACUACAACAACCACAUCUACAACAACUACAACCACAACCACAACAACAUCUACUACAACUACAACAACCACGUCAACAACUACAACAACCACAUCUACAACAACU